AGUAGUAGUAGUAGUAGUAGUAGUAGUAGUAGUAGUAGUAGUAGUAGUAGUAGUAGUAGUAGUAGUAGUAGUAGUAGUAGUAGUAGUAGUAGUAGUAGUAGUAGUAGUAGUAGUAGUAGUAGUAGUAGUAGUAGUAGUAGUAGUAGUAGUAGUAGUAGUAGUAGUAGUAGUAGUAGUAGUAGUAGUAGUAGUAGUAGUAGUAGUAGUAGUAGUAGUAGUAGUAGUAGUAGUAGUAGUAGUAGUAGUAGUAGUAGUAGUAGUAGUAGUAGUAGUAGUAGUAGUAGUAGUAGUAGUAGUAGUAGUAGUAGUAGUAGUAGUAGUAGUAGUAGUAGUAGUAGUAGUAGUAGUAGUAGUAGUAGUAGUAGUAGUAGUAGUAGUAGUAGUAGUAGUAGUAGUAGUAGUAGUAGUAGUAGUAGUAGUAGUAGUAGUAGUAGUAGUAGUAGUAGUAGUAGUAGUAGUAGUAGUAGUAGUAGUAGUAGUAGUAGUAGUAGUAGUAGUAGUAGUAGUAGUAGUAGUAGUAGUAGUAGUAGUAGUAGUAGUAGUAGUAGUAGUAGUAGUAGUAGUAGUAGUAGUAGUAGUAGUAGUAGUAGUAGUAGUAGUAGUAGUUAUAGUAGUAGUAGUAGUAGUAGUAGUAGUAGUAGUAGUAGUAGUAGUAGUAGUAGUAGUAGUAGUAGUAGUAGUAGUAGUAGUAGUAGUAGUAGUAGUAGUAGUAGUAGUAGUAGUAGUAGUAGUAGUAGUAGUAGUAGUAGUAGUAGUAGUAGUAGUAGUAGUAGUAGU